AUGACUCUGACAAAGGCUUUUCCUCCACCUACGGGUGCGGCCGUGCUGGGCGCGACGUUCAGUCUUAUCGCUUUCGCGGCUGUUAUUAUAGCUACCAGAUUCUUUUACCGACUGAGAAUCCAGAGGGAGAAGUUGGUUACGAGUGACUGGUUUAUGAUCCUGGCAUUAUGUGCUGCUAUAUCGUGUGCGGCAUUCGACGUCGUGUUCUACAGUCUCGAUGUUCUCAGGCCUCGAAUCAGUGUUGGCUUUGAGAAUUAUAAUCCGGGUGAAGAGAAGGUUGAAUACAUCUACAAGAUCUUCCCCGCCUUUAUGGGAAGGCGUCGUAAGACACUCUGGAUCACUGUCUUUUACUGUGGACUGGCGUAUGCCGCGACUCUUUGCAUGCAGCUCUUUUCUUGUAUGCCUAUCGAGAGGCACUGGGUCAUCACUCGACCUUUGACCGCAUGCGACUGGCGAUGGCAGGGUAUCGUCUUUCAGGUUUCUUGGGCUUUGUCUUUCUUGGGCAGUCUUCUCAUCUUGAUUCUUCCGUUCACUGUCGUUCAUGAUCUCGAUUUGACCAAGCGAGCUAAGCUUGGUCUGUACUUUGUGUCAUUGGUCGGUCUUCUGGACAUCGCCAUCUCUCUAGUCCGAUUCUUGAACGUGGAGCUCGGAGACAACGGCUCGUUCCGCUCCUUUAGCACGAUCGAGCUAUGGAGCUCCCUUGACGUCAACAUCGGCCUCAUCACAGCCUGCCUCCCUUCCCUCCGAAUGCUACUCGGUCGUACUAGGAGGAUUGACGACUACACGUUUGAUGAAGCCAAGACCGCAAGAUCAUCUCGUGCCAUGGAACAUCGCGAACUGGAAGAGAUUGAGGAGUCAACUUACCUUGGUGUCAACAGUGUUGGACCCUCGAACCGCUCAAACAGAGUGUCUCAAAAUGGUGAUAAGACACCGGAACGAAAGCCCGAGCCCGAGCGAUCUUGGAAGGAUGAUGAUGGUGAUGACACCGACUUCGAGCUUGACAACAUCAACGUUGAAGCUCUUACCAAGGACCAGGCACAAUCGUACUGGUCCACUCCCUAGUUUCUUUUGUCACAAAU